CGUUAGGCCCUUCUAAAGACAGAACCGGAAAAGCCCGUCGGGACACUCAGGUGGACAAAAUGCUCUCGCGCAUGUUAGCUUACUUUGUCAACAACCUCCGAGUCGUCGAGAAGUUGGCAGAGUCUCGUCCGAUUCGCCGGGCAGCCCAGAUCACAGCCUACGCCAUCACCAAGGCUCAGAUCGUUUGCCGGGACACGUCGGAGCGGGUCCUGCGCUCCCGGACGCUGCGGCAGGUCCGGGAAGAGGCCGGUAAAGUCCCCGGCGACAUGCAGGAAGUGAGCGGCCGCCUCCGGAGACUCCGGGAGACGUUUGUUAAGGAGGUGAAAGAGGGAUGGAAGGAUGGCUCCAGGCGGAUCAAAUAAUGAGGACAGGACGGUUCAGGCGGAGCUCCAGGUUUGGAGCAACUGAAGAAAUGAUGUAAGGAGAACCUGCCUCAACGGCAUCAGAUUAUUUAAAUGUUUUCAGGGGGUGGUUGGUGAGCAGAUCAGUAAAAUUACAUUUUUAAUCUUCUCACAUUUAUGAAAACAUUUAUGCCUGGUGUGGAUGAACUGAAAGAACACCUGGGAUUAUCGACAGAAACUUUCUCAACAUUCAGUGAGACGGAUAAACACAAAUGUUUUCUUUUCAUUGUGAAAUAAUAAUUUCAUGCCACCGAUCCUACCAACAAGCUUUUAAAGCUGUAAAACUUAUUGUAAAAAACAUGAACAUUUAUGAUGUGUGUAAAUAUAGAAUUAUAAAUUAACCUGCCUUCAGUGUAUCAAUAAAGAAUCUGAUUUCAAAUAUUACUUUAAAGUUUGGUUACAAAACAAUAAAUAAAGUGAAUCAA